AUGUCUGCGCUAUACAUCGCUUUGCUGCUGCUCUCGGGUAAGUGUUCUGUUCUCGGUCACUUUCAGAACAUUAUUUUUACACAAUUUUAUCAAAACAGCAGCAUUGAUGUCGAAUUUGAUUUCGUGGUUAUUUUCUGAAGAGCGAAAAAGCUGUGCGUAAAUUGGAAUGGAUGCACAUAUGGCCAUGGGGUGAAGGCUAUAUUCAAUCUAAAAAUGUAUAUUCAUCCUUUUCGACACAAAACAGUUUUAUAUAUGUAUAUGUCAUAUAGGUGUAUCCCACAGUGGUGUUCCUGCAUUGUAUAGCAGACUUUGUUGUCUGGUCUAAAUAGGACAGCCUACAGACCGGGGGAAAGUUGGCGUGCGCGUGUUAGAAUCCCUCAGCAAUAUAACAGAAUGGCUCCAAAACAAAGCCGUCAAACUGUACAUCAAUGUAGUUUGUUGUACACUGUAGUCUGUGUGGGUUUGUCUCUCUGUGAGUAUACAAACACUCACAGCUGUUAUAGUUAAUGCAUCAACCGUUUAUUUAACAAUACCUAUUACAAUCUACAUUUAGAGCAUGUCAUCGACGGGAUAACCAGAUCUUAUGAAGGGACGGAGUUAGCGACAACACCGACCGUCACUUCCCCGUUACCAGGGCGAUGGCGGCUGCGGGAAAAGCGGGGCUUGUUGGAGUUGGCGGGCGUCAUUAAAUGCAGCACUGGGAGGUCGGCGGUGGCUUACAUCAUGUAUGGAUGUUACUGCGGGCUGGGAGGCCAGGGCUGGCCCCGAGACAAGGCUGACUGGUGAGUACCUCACACACACACACACAGCUACUGCACACACACACACACACACACACCACCAAGGCUGGACUGGUGAGUACCAUCACACCCACACACACCAAAGCUACUGCGGGACAAGGCUGCGACUGGUGAGUAACCAUCACACACACCCACGCAGCUACUGCGGGCAAAAGGCUGGACUGGUGAGUACCAUCACACACCACACAAACAGUACUGCGGGACCACGGCUGGACUUGGGGGAGUACCAUCACACACACACCACAACGCUAAGCGGGACAAGGCUUGGACUGGUGAGUACCAUCACACACACACACACACAGCUACCUGCGGGGACAAGGAUGGACUGGUGAGUACCAUCACCACACACACAGCUACUACGGGACAUGGCGACUGGUGAGUACAUCACACACACCACAGCUACUGCGGGACAAGGUGGACUGGGAGUACCAUCACACACACACAACAGCUACUGACGGGCCAUGGCUGACGGUGGUCCCAUCACACACAACACACAGCUACUGCGGGCAAGGCCUGGACUGGUGAGACCAUUCACACACACACACAGCUACUACGGGACAUGGCUUGGACUGGUGGGAGUACCAUCACACACCACACACCAGCUACUGCGGGACAAGGCUGCGAUGGUGAGUAGUAACUAUCACCAAACACACACAGUCCUGCGGGAACAAGGACUGGGACUGGGGAGUACCAUCACACACACACACAGCUACUGCGGGACACGGAUGGACUGGUGAGUACCAUAACACAACACAGCUACUGCGGGACAAGGCUGACUGCGUGAGUACCAUCACACACACACCACAGCUACUCGGGACAAGGCUGGACUGGUGAGUACCAGCACACACCACACAGUACUCGGGGACACAAGGAUGACGGUGAGUACAAUCCACACACACACACAGCUACUGCGGGACAAGAUGGAUGGGGUUAACCAUCCACACACACACACAGCUACUGCGACAAGGCUGGACUGGUGAGUACAUCACAACACACAACACAACACAGCUACGAGGGACAUUGGCUGAAUGGUUGAGUACCAUCACACAAACACACACACAGCUACUGCGGGACAAGGCUGGACUGGUGAGUACCAUCACACACACACACACAGCUACUGCGGGACAAGGCAGGACUGGUGAGUACCAUCACACACACACACAGCUACUGCGGGACAAGGCUGACUGGUGGGCCCUAGUCAAAAGUCUACUAGGGCUCAGCACUUAGCCCUGGUGGAAUGACAGCUGGGUAAUUACAGCCCAAACCCUGGCUGGCACCAACUCUGAUUUCUAAAUCCCAUCCACAGACCAUAAACAUCUACAAACAGUCAUUUGGUGCUGUAAUGGGGUGUCUGUCUGCCAGGGCCGGUUCCAUGCAUAAGCAGUCGCUUACUGCUGCCGGCUGCUAGGGGGCCUGACCCAAAAAAUCUAAAUAUAUAUAUUAUAUAUAUAUAUAUAUUAGGAACAGUCAGGUUCUCAACUUACUGUUGAGAGUCAGAAUAGUAGAAUACACAAGGUGUCGAAAUUUGGUGGUGCAUCAGCAGUUUUUCUCUUGUUUUGUCAGUCACUGACAGUCACUCAAUUAGCCAUGUCAGCUAACCAUGUUUAGAUUGGUAAAUUAGUCUAGCCAGUUAUCUAAACUUGUAGUAAUCAUGGCCAAAUACCGAACGGGCAUGCAGGGCACGUGCCCAGGAGGCCUGAUCUCCAGUGGGCCCACAUUGAUUUUGUUAGUCACUCUCACAGAUAUCAUUGAAGGUGCAAUAUGUAGAAAUCGCUCAACCAUUUUCUGGUUGCGAAAAUUGUAAUAGUUUGUGACAAAACAAGCAAGUUUAGAGAAUCAUUGUAUCAUCUAACCUGCUGUGAAAUAUAUUUUCAAUAACCAAACAUAUUGUAUUUUCAGCUGGUUGAAGCUGAAUCUCGUUUAGGGCCCCAAAAAGGCUAGAGCUGGCCCUGCUGUCUCCUAACCCAUGGACAACAGCUAGUUUCUCAGACCCUACAUUUUGAGCUUGGAAUAAUAUGGACUGAAUUCUGGCUUGUUGAUGAGCUACUACAUAGUCAGAGGCUGAAGAGAACACAACCCAAAGCAUUUUCCUCACAUAAUGGAUUGUAUAGCAGACUGGAUUGACAUUACUUCUCCAAUUACUCAAAGUGCUUUAUACAUUGUAAUGGAAUAACUCACAGAAUCAACAUGAUUGUGUUAUUUUCUGUCCACAAGGUGCUGUCACAAGCAUGACUGUUGCUAUGGGAAGGCUGAGGAUCUGGGUUGUCAGACCAAGACAGACAAGUACCAGUGGACCUGUGAGAACAAGAUGGCCGACUGCGGUAUGAACUACCCAUCCCAUAAUGCAACACUGUAUUUCUGUACUCUAAGCACUCUCUGGGUUAGUGGUUCAUCGUUAUGCCUAACCCUAACCUUAAAUGAAGAGCAAAAAGCACAUUUUUGUUUUCAUGAAUUUUUACGAUUUAGCCAAUUUUGACUUUGUGGCUGUGGUAACUAGUGACAACCAUGGAUACAAGCUAUAUUUCUAGGUCUGAAGCCAAGGGGCAAUUUUCCAUCGAUAAUGUGAAAAAGACAGUUCUAUGUAUUAUAUUUGUCCUAUUGCAUUCUAAGAGUUCUGAAUUCCACCCUGGAUGUUUGUCCGGUGGUUUCUAGAGUCUCUCCAGGCCAGGGGUGACAAGAUUCUGGCAGGGUGUGACCGGGAGGCGGCCAGGUCUGAGGAGAGAGACCUUCAUCCACAAAUACUCUGUCUGGCCUGACUUUGUGUGGAUAGGACACCCCACACUGAAUUAUCACUGAUGCGUACAAAG